GCGUCGGAGCGCAUCAACACCCGCUUCGUCGUGAUGUCCGCCGUUGCCUCACUCGCGUCCGUCGCGACGCGCCUUUCGCGCGGAUCCGCGCCGGCGAAGACGAGACGCGCUUUCGCGGCCCGCCAGCUCCGCGCGACGGCGACGGAGGAGGGCGCGAAGAAGGAGGAGAACUUCUUCAAAGAAGGUCUCCCCGCGGUCAUCAUCAACAACACCGAGGACCCCCUCGCGACCGUCGUCACCGUCGCGUUCGGAGACGUCCUCGGACAGCUCCUCGACACCGCCGCGUCGCUCAAAUCGCUCGGCCUCAACAUCGUCCGCGCCGAGGUGAGCGACACGACGGAGAGCGGCGUGAACAAGUUUUACAUCACGGACGCGCGGACGAGCGAGAAGAUCACGAAGAGCAAGACCCUGGAGCUCAUCCGCAUGACGAUCAUCAACAACAUGCUGCAGUAUCACCCGGAGGCGGCGGAUUACCUCGUCGAGGGGCAGCACAUCGAGAUGCCGGGCGACCGCGACGCGGACGCGAACCCGCUCGGCGCGCGCGUCGCGCCCGCGGUGAAGACGUCCGUCGUCGUCGAUAACACGUCGGGGGCGCGGCAGAGCAAGCUGAUCAUCACGACGACCGACCGACCGGGGCUCCUCGUCGACAUCGUCGCGACGUUGAAGGAUCUAUCUCUCAACGUCAUCUCGGCGGAGAUCGACACGAUCGGUCCCAAGGCGUACGACAUCGUCUACGUGACGUACCAGGGCGGCGCGCUGAACAAGAGCAUGAUCGAGCUCGUGACGAACGCGCUGACGUACCACCUCACCCGGCGCGAUAUCGAGAACAAGAACUCGGAGUCGUACUGACGAGACGGGGUAAGAGGUUGGAGGAGGAGGAGGAGGAGGCUGAGGAGGGGAUGACUUUUUUUGGUUUGGAUGAUUUUAGAUUUGCGGCGGCGGCGGCGGCGGCGGGGGCGGGGCGAGGGAUCGAUAGAGCGGGAGAGCGGGCGCGGGCGCGUCGAGCGCGCUCCCGCGGUGGGACGGGGACGAUGGCGGUCGAGGGGAAGCG